AUGGAUCAGGACCCGCACCGGCCAGGCCAGCAGCAGCCAGGUGCCGCCAUGUACGACACAAGCGUCGGUGGUCAUUACGGUGCAAGCGCUCAAGUUAGCCAGGGACUUACGGAUCAAUACCGUGAUAUCCUUACAACCUACUGGCAACAAACAAUCCACCAACUCGAAAAUGAAAACCAUGAUUACAAAAUACACCAACUGCCCUUGGCUCGGAUCAAGAAGGUGAUGAAGGCAGACCCAGAUGUAAAAAUGAUAUCUGCCGAAGCCCCUAUCCUUUUCGCAAAGGGAUGCGACAUCUUCAUAACGGAGCUCACAAUGCGAGCGUGGAUACAUGCAGAGGAGAACAAAAGACGAACACUUCAAAGAUCCGAUAUUGCUUCUGCAUUAGCCAAAUCUGACAUGUUUGAUUUCCUGAUCGACAUUGUCCCUCGGGAAGAGGCAGCUAGCCAUGGUAGCAAAAGGUCACAAGGUGGGCAAAGUGCUGCAAAUGCAGGGUCGGCCCCACAACAAACUCAAGCGGGCAUGCCCGGCCAGAUGCCCACACCAAAUAAUGUCGCUCAGCCGCCACAGAGUGGUCAACCGCCGCAAGAUCCACAACAUCACAUGAAUCCUUCCGAUUACCAAAUGCAGAAUAAUCAGAUGCCAGAUCAAGGGUAUCGGGCACCGCCUACCAUGUAUCCUCCUCAGAUGCCCCAGGAUCCCAACCAAUAUCCGCAACAACAAAUGUUUGAGCAAAAUGUAUAUGGCUAUAAUCCGAUGGCUGCGCAGCAGCAGCAGCAGCAGAUGUACGGGGUCGGUCAAAGGCCACAAGAUCCAUCUGCCGGUGAGGGACCGACACAUCAAUAUCAGAGACAUGACGGUGGGGCUGAAGGUGAUGCAGAUGCAGAGGGCGAGAGGGAUUACGAAGUUGGCUAG